GUUGUUUUUCCCCAUGUUGACAGGAGGGGACCUGGAGCAUGACUGAGAUCGUGGAGCGGACCCUGAGCGCUCUGCCUGGGCUGCUCCUCCAGGACCCGCCGCCAGGGGCCGGCUCCAGGCUGGGGGCCCUAAUCCGCAGCAUCACUGCCCUGGGCUCCAGACAGGAGGAAGAAAAAUUAAUUCAGCAGGAGCUUGCCAGUUUGAAAAUCACAGUUUCUUCUCCAAAUACCUCUCUUAGGCAGAUGAAAGAAUGUAUGGUGAGGCUCAUCUACUGCGAAAUGCUGGGGUAUGAGGCUUCCUUUGGCUACAUCCAUGCUAUCAAAUUAGCCCAACAAGGAAACUUACUUGAGAAAAGAGUAGGAUACUUGGCGGUGUCCUUAUUCUUACAUGAAAAUCAUGAAUUGCUGCUCUUGCUGGUGAAUACAGUACUAAAGGAUCUCCAGAGUACCAAUCUGGUUGAAGUGUGCAUGGCUCUCACUGUAGUUAGUCAGAUCUUUCCACGGGAAAUGAUUCCAGCUGCUCUUCCACUGAUCGAAGACAAACUGCAACAUUCAAAGGAAAUUGUAAGAAGAAAAGCUGUCUUGGCAUUGUAUAAAUUCUACUUGAUGGCACCCAAUCAAGUGCAGCAUAUCCAUGAGAAAUUCAGGAAAGCGCUGUGUGACAGAGAUGUGGGUGUCAUGGCUGCAUCGUUACACAUUUAUCUACAGGUGAUCAAGGACAACCCAUUGGGAUACAAGGACCUGACAGGUUCAUUUGUUACCAUUUUGAAGCAGGUUGUUGGAGGAAAGCUUCCAGCUGAUUUUAAUUAUCAUAGUGUCCCAGCUCCUUGGCUCCAAAUUCAGCUCUUGAGGAUCCUGAGGCUGCUGGGAAAAGAUGAUCUCAGGACCAGUGAGUUAAUGUAUGAUGUGCUUGAUGAGUCUUUAAGACGGGCAGAAAUUAAUCACAAUGUCACCUACGCCAUCUUGUUUGAGUGUGUGCAAACUAUUUAUACAAUCUACCCCAAAUCUGAUUUAUUUGAGAAGGCUGCAAAAUGUAUCGGAAAGUUCAUUUUAUCACCAAAGAUCAACCUUAAGUAUUUAGGACUCAAAGCACUUACGUUUGUUGUUCAGCAGGAUCCAAACCUGGCACUUCAGCACCAAAUGACAAUUAUCGAGUGCAUAGACCAUACUGAUCCAAUCAUAAAAAGAGAGACACUGGAGCUGCUCUAUCGAAUCACCAAUGACCAGAAUAUAACAGUGAUAGUUCAGAAAAUGUUAGACUAUCUGAAGCAAAGUAAAGAUGAAUAUACAAUAAUUGCCUUGGCUGGGAAGAUUGCAGACUUGGCAGAAAAGUAUUCCCCAAACAACCAGUGGUUCAUACAGACCAUGAAUGUAGUGUUUUCUAUUGGAGGAGAUGUGGUGCACCCAGAUAUUCCCAACAACUUCCUAAAGCUCCUGGCUGAAGGAUUUGACGAUGAAAAGGAAGAUGGGCAGCUGAAGCUUUACGCAGUUCAGUCUUAUCUCGCCUUGCUGGAAAAGGAGAAUGCAUAUUAUCCUCAGCGCUUCCUGCAGGUUAUCAGCUGGGUGUUGGGUGAAUAUGCCUACCUUGCAAUAGACGUACCUACAGACUCUGUAAUGGCAAGACUUUACACCUUUCUGCAACACAGCUUUGUUACAUCUGAAACCAAAGCCUGGAUUAUGGCUGCAAUAAAGAAAUUGGCUGUUCACAGCCCACAUUCUUCACUGGCUGAUAAAUUAAUCCAAGAGUACAGCACCUGUCUGGAGACAGGCAUGAGGCAGCAUGCCUGGGAAUUAAAAUCUCUCCUAGCGGACGUCGUACUCAUGCAGAGACUUUUUCCAGUCAACUCCAGCUGUGAAGAUUUAAUGGUAGAUGCUUCUCUUUCAUUCUUAGAUGAAUUUGUAGCAGAUGCUCUUGGCAAAGGAGCUGCACCCUACAUGCCCCAUCACCAGCGGCAAGAAGAAAAAUUGUCUCAGGGAAAAGCUCUGAACAUGGAACCUUAUGGGCUGUGUUUCUCACCUAGUCUGCCCUCUACUGGUGUGGCUGAUGGCCAUUCUCCCUCUGCCAUCUCUGUUGUGUCAGGGACCUCGGGUAACAGUGCAGACACUGGACAGAGAGAAGAAAAUCGCAUUAAGUUAGAUGGCGUGAAAAAGCUCUGGGGAAAGGAGGGAUACCUCUUGAAAAAGGAGAAUAAAUUGAGUAAAUUAGAACCUAUUUCAACUCGACUGGAGAGUGGAAUUUCAUUGGGUGAUGAGGAUGAAGAUGUCACAGCAAAUCCUGCUGAGCAGCAAUUGGCUCCCUCGUCUGAAGAAGAGAGAGAACGGAAGCAGUUGGCAUCCUCGUUGUUUGUUGGCCUUGGUUCCAACGCUGUCAGUUUGAUGGAUAAAGGUGAACAAACCACACAAAAGUUUAGGAGAAAAUCAAAAAUUGUUGGAAAAAAAUUCCCAGACAAAGAAGUAUCUAUGUAUGCCGCCUUUAAUUCUUCCUCUGCUGGGGAGAAAAACAUGUCAGAAAUGCUUGUGAAUAGCAUGCGCCCAGCAAGUUCUAAACUAGUAUUAGACCCCAAAGACUCUCCCCAAAAACAUGACGCAUCAGGGGCUGUUACAGAUGAUGGUAAACUUCAGUCCAUAUUUGCAAACAGUAGCCUUGAUGUCUUUCUGCCAUUAGAAAUCACUACUCCUGUUUUUGAAACCAUGCCUGCAAUAACUUCUCUGUAUCCUCACUCGACAACCGUAGAGCUUGCUGGCAGUGACUUUGUAAGACUGUGUUCAUGUAAAAUAUGGGAAGACAACAGCCUGACACUUUCCUUGUCAUUUGUGAAUAAGAAAUCGUGUGGAAUUAAAAACAUUAACUUGAAAAUGGAAGACAGUGAAAACAUUACAGUUUCCCAGAAUCUUCUUUGUCACAUCUCACAUCUUGAUGCACAUGGUGUGCAUCAGUGCAAUGGUAGUAUACAGAUGAUCCAACCAUGCACUAAAGGGGCACUUACUGGCUGCAUCACCUAUGACGUUGAGCCAGAGAGGUCUCUUCAACUUGGCUUUUCUGUCGAUUUUGUGCUGAUGGAUUUUAUCAGACCAUUGAGGAUGUCAACAGAUGAGUUUGGCAAAAUGUGGCUGUCUUUUUCUAAUGAUGCAAAACAAAAAGUAAAACUUCAUAGUGCCGACGAGGCCUUGCUGGGAAUUCUUCAAUGUUUGCAGAAGACACUGAACCUUUAUAUUGUUGAAGUCAUAGGUGAUGAAGGACUUGCUGCUUGCCAGCUGCUCCCCUCGUUACCUGCUCUUUUGCACUGCCACCUCCAGGAAGGAGUAUUGACCUUGUGGUCCAGGUCUCAAAGUAUUAAUCUACCAGAAUGUUUACUCUACCAGUGUCAAAGAGAACUAGAAUCGUUCAGGGUGCCACAGUGACGACUGCAAUCGAUAAACCACACCAAACCAUCAAUAAAGCAGUCUCCCUGCAUAUUUGGUUGGACCCAAACCAGAACGUGUUCGGGAUGAAAAACACUCCGAACAAAGAUGAAAUGUGGAUUGCAGAUUUUCAUUGAAGUACUUUUUCCUGUUUUGUUUUGUUUUUUAAACAGACGAGCGGUUUUAUUUUGAUAUUUUGCUGUAAGAUAAAUGUAACCGACUUUAUUUUUGUUAUUCUCCUAAUGGAGGGUACUCUUUGAUGACCUGCUGCACUGAUACAUGAUUAUGCACCAGACCUCUUUAGUAUUACAAUUGCUGUGCAAAGGAACAAGUGAGCGAAUGGGAUAGACUGCAUUUUUAAAGUUGUAAUGAAACUACCAUUGAUUCAUCUGCUGUGUGGCACCUGGGAUACUCGCAUUGUCCAUGGCCUGCUAUGUACAUUGUGUGAUUAAAUCUCUUGAGUUGCAGCAAUAUAAAAUAGUACAUGAAAUUCAAAAGAAUAGGCUAUAUUGAACAGGGAUGACAUACUUCUUUGUCAUGUGUUUACAUUAGCCUCACCAGAUCUUUUUUUUUCCAGUCUUCCCAAUGCCUUUACACUAAUGGUUAAUAGAAUAUAGUAAUUUAAUAUAAUGUUUGUCCAUCAGUAAAAGUAUAACUGGCAUUUUUUUUUUUUUUUUGCUCUGGACAAAAUAUAUGCUCAAUAGUACACUUCUUAUAAGGACAUGUUUACCAGGUACCUUGGAUAGACCAACAUGUGUGUUGGCUCCAUGCUUGUUUGGGGUACUCAAGGACAGAGUUGAAUAACUCUGCUAAGGUCUUAUGCACUAACAAAAGCCCUUGUACCAGCCUUAUUUAAAUCUUCUUAUUGUGUACAUUGCAAAGGAAUUUUAUUUUCAGUUUUUUCAGUUUUAAAAUAUAAACUUAAAGUAACCUUGUCAUCACAAAUUAUAUUCACUAGCAUAUAUCAUUUUUAAAAGAAUUACGUAUUUCUUUCGUG